GCCGGCGAUUGGUUCAACGCGGACCAAUCAGCGCGUACCUAGAGGGCAGCACCGUCGGCAAGGGGAGCAGGUUUUGCAUAAAACCGGGCUACCUGGUGGUUGUUUAUAAUUAUUCGUUCAUCUUGCGUGCGUUCGGUCAGUCUCACGGUGCGUGCGGUGCAGUUCUCCGGGAAGUGCAGUUUUCUACCAAAAAAAAUGCGUACGUUUGCGGUUUUAUUAGCCGCCCUGCUGGCGGUUAACGCCGAAGUGUAUUUCCAGGAAGGAUUCAAAGACGAUUCGUGGCAAAAGACCUGGGUCCAGAGUGAGCACAAGGGUGUGGAGUAUGGCAAGUUUGUGCACACGGCCGGAAAGUUCUUCAACGAUGCCGAUGCCGACAAAGGUCUGCAAACGUCCCAGGAUGCACGGUUCUACGCCCUGUCGAACAAGUUCACGCCGUUCUCGAACAAGGACGAUACGCUCGUGAUUCAGUUCUCGGUGAAGCACGAGCAGAACAUCGAUUGCGGCGGUGGCUACCUGAAGGUGUUCGACUGCUCGGUCGACCAGAAGGAUCUGCACGGUGAGACGCCGUACCUGGUCAUGUUCGGACCGGACAUUUGCGGUCCGGGCACCAAGAAGGUGCACGUAAUCUUCAGCUACAAGGGCAAGAACCAUCUGAUCAACAAGGACAUCCGGUGCAAGGACGAUGUGUUUACCCACUUCUACACGCUGGUCGUGCGCGCCGACAACACGUACGAGGUGUUGAUCGACAACGAGAAGGUGGAAUCGGGCAGCCUGGAGGACGAUUGGGACUUCCUGCCGCCGAAGAAGAUUAAGGACCCGGAAGCGAAGAAACCGGAGGACUGGGACGAUCGUGCGACCAUCCCCGAUCCGGACGAUACCAAGCCGGAGGACUGGGACAAGCCGGAACACAUCCCCGACCCGGACGCUACCAAGCCGGACGAUUGGGACGACGAGAUGGACGGUGAGUGGGAACCGCCGAUGAUUGACAAUCCCGAGUACAAGGGCGAAUGGAAGCCGAAGCAGAUCGACAACCCGGCGUACAAGGGCGUGUGGGUGCACCCGGAAAUCGACAAUCCCGAGUACGUGGAGGACAAGAGCCUGUACCUGCGGGAGGAGGUGUGCGCGGUCGGCAUCGAUGUGUGGCAGGUGAAGUCGGGCACGAUCUUCGACAACUUCCUGAUCACGAACGAUCUGGAGGAGGCGAAGAAGGCGGCCGCCACCGUUAAGGACACGCAGGAAGGCGAAAAGAAGGUGAAGGAUGCGCAGGAGGCGGAGGAGCGCAAGAAGGCGGAGGAGGAAGCGGCCGCCGAGGAGGCUGCCAAGGAUGAUGAGGAUGAGGACGAUGAGGAUGAGGCGGACAAUGCGCUACCGGGCGAGGCGACCGAGGUGGAGGACGAGGGACACGAUGAGCUGUAAGAAGGACGGGGGGGUUGGAAGAAGGCGCAACGCUGUCCCACUGGCGGGGGCAGGCGUUUUAACGUAUUCCUAUGGAAUGCGCGGCACUUGAAUAUAGAAUGAACAAAUCGACUGCCAACACACAUACGAGCGGGAUGAGAGACACAGAGACAAAUCGACAGACGACAACAGUGCAGAAGGACACGCUCGGAGACACGGAUCAAGAGUAAUCUGUUUAGCUAGCCGAUAGUGUAGUAAAGGUACAGAGAGAAAAGCCAGGGACUGAGACUGUGACUAGCAUUUCCCAUUUAGUUUCACCGUGUGUGUGCCGGGUACCUCUUGACCGGUGGGGUAUCGCUUAAAACCGAGACCGAGCGCCUUUUCUCGACUAUGUUCCAAUAGUCUUCUCGCACGGGCGAAUAAGAAUGAGGAGGAGACACGACCACAACGAUGUACAACACGACCAUUGGCUGGUGGAUGUGCAAGGAUCAUCGAAUAAUCUCACCUGAGGAUGCGGCAGACUCUCUCUCAGCUAGCUGCCCCUCUCAAGGCCCAUCGCCUUUGGUCCAAUUAAAGUUGUUUCUUGUUUCAAUUCCCUCCACUACUGCUAACUAGCAAGGUGAGUGUGUUUGGUUUUAAGUUGUUAAGAACUAGCAGGAGAUAACGCGCGCGGUACAAGUUUGUAAAAUAGAUGAAACGACUCGACAGACAGGACUGACAGACGCGGACGAUUACGGUAGAAAAAGCAUCAGGAACAACCGGAGAGGUUUGUUGAAGAACAUUGUGGUGUUAAACAAACAAAACAGUCAGAAACAAUAAAAAAAAGCUUAAAAUAAAAAAAAAA